AUGUCAAAGAAGCCCCUCAUCACCACCCUCGUGGACCUCCUUGAUGCUCUCGACGACGUGUCGUUUACGUCCAUGAAGGACAUGCUCAAGCUCCUCUUUAGCCUGGUCCUUUACUCACUCAACAACACCGCCCUCAUUGAGCUAGGCAUUAUGCCACCCCAUUUCGCACCAAUGGUGAAAGAUGGGCGAAGGGGGCUGGUGGGGGACACGAUGGCUAUGAUCACUCGAGUGGCAGGAUGUGACGAGAGUAUGAAGGCAUUCCGAAGGGUGAAUGGUGUCAACGUCCUGGAGGAUCUGGCGGUUGGGAGAAGCGGGAGGGCAAGGCAAAAUGCUACGACUAUGCCGUCGAACAUAGUAAAGAGCGACAAAGCGAUGGGGGACAGGGGUGAAGGCAGUCGUGAGGGCUCUGGUCAACGAUGA